AUGGCGUCGGCCGCCGCGUCGCCCGCGCCGGCGUGGGUCAUCCUGGGCAGCGUGCCGCGGGUGCUCACGGAGGCCGCCGCCCUCCCGCCGGGCCCGGGCGCCGCCGACUUCUCCCUCGCGCUGCUCCCGCCCCCGCGGGUCGCGCUCCUCACCAUCCCGCCGCGCAUCUUCCCGUCCCGCCCCACCAGCGCCAGCUUCCCCUGCGUCCUCGCCGCCGACCCCUCCGCGGGCCUCCUCCUCCUCCACGCCGACCAGGGCCGCGCCACGGGCCCCACCGUCAUCGACAAGCCCGGCUGCCAGCAGUUCGGCUGGCUCCCGUUCGUCGCGGGCUACUACGUGCUCGACGCCGCCGCCGGCUCCGCGCUGCCGCUCCCCACGCCCGAGCUCGUCUCGUACAAGGGCGACCUCGGCCUCAUCGCCUACCCCGACGGCGACGGCUACUUGGUCGCCGAGCUCCAGCCCGUCUUCGGCAGCGACAAGGCCGUCCUCCUACGCUUCCCGUCCAAGGUCGGGGAGUGGGUCAGGGAGAGAGUCGCCUACCCGCUUCCGGCCCGCCUGCACAGCCCCCAUGGCGUCGUUUCCUGCUACGGGAGGCUCUGGUGGGUCGACCUCUCCUGGUGCCUCGUCACCUGCGACCCCUUCGCCGACGACCCCGUCCUCACCCGUCCCACCAACCCCGACGUGGUCUACUUCUUCCUGGACGAGAACCUGAUCGGCGUCGACGUCCGUGCUCGCAAGGUCGUCGGGUGCGAGGUCUACGAGCUGGUUGAUGAGCCGCCGCGUGAAGGUGUCGCUUCCAGCUUAGUUCACGCCUGGCAGCUGCCACCGGAUCUCACUCUCUACUCAGGUUCUGCAAAGGAGACAGUCAACGACAAUGGAAUCUGUAAGAUUAUCUGAAAAUGAGGAAUGAGAAGCAGGGUUAACUUCUUAACAGGUGAUGACAAUUAAGAGGUAGGGAAGCAAUACUACAUCGAAGUAACAGGUGGUUCUGACGCUGAGUGACCACUGGCCGGUUGGCGAUGGCUGAAAUGUUUCGGUGAUCACUGUUUUGUUGAGACGCCUAGUACUGGCUUUUGAAGUUUAGCACUGUGCAUGCUUGAUCCCCCGUCUUGGCUUCAGAACUGAAGGCAGUAUUGGGUCCUCAAAACCUAACGAAAAAAAGGGAAGAAACACCUCAUCGGAGGGGGAAAAGAUUGAGACAAAACAUAUGUUGGCGUGAACUCAUUCAUGCCACCUAUGACCGUCCACAUGCUGCCUCGCUCGCUUCCGACAAAUUCAAACCGACGCAACGUCGAUCGCCUCAAAGAGCUUAAGGUGGGAGACGUAAAGGCAUUUUUAAGCAGGGUUUGCAAUGCCGGUUUAAGAAUCUAUAACAAUAUGCAGUUCCUCUCGAAAGAUUUGCAUCGGCCCCUUCGACCAAGGACGCCUUGACAAUUAUACUCGACCUCUCAUUUUUAUUUUUUAUUUUGUAAAGGACACGGAACUCAAGCGUUACCCUGUCCGAGUAGGUGCACCACUUCUGUGGGGUUUUCGAAAUUGUGUGUGAAUAUGUCGAAUUGAUGCAAGUUCUUGCACCGUGAGUGUAAUUAACUCAAAACAUUUAAAA